AUGAAGAGACAUCGAAGAAGAAGAAUCGACUUUGUUGGAGCUUUCUCUGCUGAAGAUCGAAGACUAUGUGGUGAAGAGGCAGAAUCACAAAUGACGAAAGGCAAGCGGGAUCUAGGGCAUCCCGCGGUUCGCUGUGGGCCGUCCCGCAUCGAGCCUGGUACCAACCAAGCCCCAUCCCGCAAGACCCGCUAUUUUGCGGGUUAUAGAUUUCUCGGCCCAAACCCGCCCCAGACCAAGCCCUUACAAACCCAGGCUCGCGGUCCGAUAUUAUGGAGAGUUGUAGAAUUAAAGGGCAAUGCUCAACUUGAGCCUGGAGUCCAAGAUGGCCGACAUGGUUACAUGGUUGAUCUUGACAACAUUGGCAAGACCGAGUUCCCAAAGGCGGUGAAGCUAGAGUUUGUGCAUUGUAUCUUAGAGGAAGGCGAAAUGAUGUACAUCCCUCCCAAAUGGUGGCACUAUGUACGGUCCUCAACAAUGAGUUUUUCGAUUAGCUUCUGGUGGAACAAAUCCUCUGAUUAG